ACAGCCCGGAGUUUUCAAGCCCCAACAUAAGUUGCAUAACCUUCCUUCCAACGCUGAAGAAUCUUCCAAUAUUCUUUUCACUGAGUCACCAAAACGAGUCAUGGAAUCUAAACCCUUGAACGCUAUUAAGAUCCUCUAUAGCUACGGUGGCAAAAUCCUUCCUCGUUCCACUGACGGUGAACUCCGUUACGUCGGCGGUCACACUAGAGUUCUCUCCGUUGAUCGUUCAAUUUCAUUCUCAGAAUUGAUGGAGAAACUCGAAGAAUUGUGUGGUUCAUCUGUCAAGUUAAGGUUUCAAUUACCAAACGGAGACUUGGAAAUGUUGAUCUCAAUCACCAACGACGAAGAUUUAGCCAAUAUAAUCGAUGAAUACGAACGUGUCUCGUUGAGAUUAACUCAUCCGUUGAAGAUCAGAGCCAUUCUUUCGCAGCCGAAAUUGCUUUCUUCUGAUCCGUCGUCUGCUUCGUCCAGUGCCACUCUUUCUCCGUCAAGAUCGCCUCAUACCUCCGCUGAAUCGCUGCCGUACGCGGUGGCAUAUCGCAUCGGACGACAUAGUCGCUCGCCGCGUGCGCCGUUCGGUUAUUCGUUCGGCGUCAAGAAUGGUGGAUCGGCGAAAGCUUGUUGCAAUAUGGGCCAGUUCUAUGGAAGCCCAAGGUCCUUUUAUUAUGGGCCUCGUUGCAAUAAUUACUGCCAUUAAGGACCCAUAUUUUAUUAAUAUUUAAUUUAAUUAAAGUAAAAUACUAGUAUAUGAAUGAAAAAUUCAACAAAGUAAGGGACCCAGAACAAAAAAAAAAUUAAUAGUGACGACGAGACGAGGGUUGUGAAAUACAGAUUUUUGUUCUUAUAAAAUUUUGAGAUGUCGUUGAGGUUCUAAGUUUUUUAUCUGAGCCUUAAGUUUUUUUGUUGGAAA